GUCAUUUCCAUUGCGCGAAGUAGAAAAUUUGGCGCCUCAGACUUUUAAACUGCCUCCAAACACUGGAAGAGAAGAGAGCUGAAUGAUGAUCAAAAUGAGUACAAGCCCGCUGGUUUUAACGGGAGAAUAACGGUAGCUAACGUCGGACAGUUAGUGAACAGUCUCCUGCUUGUGGAGAUGCGGAGUCGUUUGAAAUUAAACAGAAUAAACUCUCUUCAGCUAGCUGUAGCUGAUGCCGGUGAUCCGUUGAUAAACAAACAUAUAUAAUUACACACACCUACCUGUGUUUUAACCUGAGCCACCAUGCACAGGACCAAACUGAGGAAACCCAAGGUGACCCCAGGAGGGCAGAAGAACAUCUCAACCUUCUUUUCCACUCAAAACCAGAAGGACUUAUCUUCCACAAAACUGUCAGUAACUGGCGUUGCUCUUGCCAAGACUGAGCCACAAAUCAAAGAUGAGGAAGUCUUUAUAUUCAGAGCCCAUUCUCCCUUAAAGAGGAGUAUCCUUGGGAGCCUUGAGAACAUCCUUCCCUCCUCACCAGAUCUCCUCCUCUCUGUGCCUGAGACCCCCAACAGUCAGAUUAGGCUCUCUUCCUCCAGAGAACCAGGUCAACUGAGCCCCCAGCCCAGCAGAGAGGUGGCGAGCCAGGGGAUGCUCGGCCAACUGUCCCCCAUCUGUCGAAGUCCCCGCUCCAAAGGGUCAAAUGUACGGAGAGUAAUUACAGAGGAGGGAGGAAGAGCCAAGAGGGAAGAGGGAUGUUCUGGCUCCUUGAAAAGACUCUUCAGCCCUCCUGAAGAGUCCCAAAAUGCCAAGAGACCAAAGACUGCCAAUCCACCGGCACAAAGAAUUCUGAGUCCCAUAGCUAACGGCAUAAAAGUAACAAGGCCUGUGAUUGGGCCUGUGAAGAAACCUCAGUUUUCCAGUGACCAGUCUGAGAGGUCGGAGGGUCAAAGCUUGGGGCUCGGUCCCUCCAGAGGCAGUGAAGUGGUCUUUAAUGACAACAGAAAGAACACGACGUUGCACAACAAGUCUCUGCACUCUUUGAGGGCGCAGACACAACAACAGGAGGAAAGAGAUAAAGAUGAGAGAGAUUCUGGUUUCACUGUGAUUACGGAGCAGAAGGCGGCUGAGGGGAGCGCCAGUGAAAGGCCAUGCGCUCGUCUGGAUAAGGACACUCACACUCUAACUGCCCACAUGCACAAACCCAGUGCACAAGCAGUCACACCUGCAUCGGAGAGGAGUACAGAGGAGAGAGAGGACGACCUAAACGAGAAAGGGGCUGCAAUAACAGCUGUGAUAUCAUCAAAUGGAGACAGAGGCAAUGUGACAUCAUCGGAUCAAGAGAAAACUGGAGGAAACGCAGGAGUGGCGUCAGCGUGUCGUGUAGAAGAGAUGAUGGACGAGAACUGGUUUGCAGAGCAGAUGGAUACCAGUGAAGGUCUCAACACGGAGGAUAAAUCCAAAAAAACCCGCAGAGUACCAGACCAUGUGAUCCUUUCUGGAGGCCCUAACAACCGCUACUGGGUUUUGGAUGUGGAGGAGAGGCCGGGUCACAAAAUACUGACUAUCUCAUGCUCUAAAUCUCUGCAUCCGACUGAGACGUGUCUGCUGAGAGAUGGAUGGGAGAUGACACCCGUUAGCCGUGGCAGUGUGGUGCAUCUGGAGGGCCACUGUGAUGAUGGAUCUUGGUUAGUGGACAGGGAGCAAGGCUUCCUGGUUUUACUUCCUGAUAGCCUAAUCUCAGGCACCAGUAUCUCGAGCUCCAUCCGCUGUAUGAGGCGUGCAGUACUGGGAGAUAUGUUCAAGAGUUUUGACGGUGGCUCAAAGCAGAUGCUGAACGGCACCAUGGUCCAUGAAGUCUUCCAGAGAGCAGCUACAGCUAAAGAUUUCUCUCUGGAGACCCUGUCUAAGCUGGCUGACCAGGUCCUGUGCAGUCCUCAGCACCUGGGAGACAUGUACAGUUUGGGUGUAUGUCAGGAAGAGAUGAAGCAGGAGCUGCAUGAUUAUCUGCCACCACUGGAGCAUUGGGCAAAGGAAUACCUCAGCUCACCAACACCAAAAGCCAUCAGCCUCAAAAUCCCUAGCAACGGUGGAGCUCCAAGCAGGUGGCAGGACCCGGCAACUGUUGUCACGGUUACAGAGCUGGCAGACAUUGAAGAGAACGUGUGGUCACCACAAUUUGGUCUGAAAGGGAAAAUUGAUGUGACAGCACAGGUUCGAAUCCAAAGACCACGAAACGGCAGUCACAAAACCCCAGAGGAGAAGACCGUCCCCCUGGAGCUGAAGACUGGAAGAGAGUCAAACUCGAUAGAGCAUCGCAGUCAGGUGAUUCUGUACACUAUGAUGAGUUUGGAGAGAUAUAAUCCUGCAGCUGGCUUCCUACUUUACCUCAAGACUGGCAACCUGCACCCUGUAGUGGCCAGCCACAUGGACCGCAGAGAGCUGCUGAAGUUGAGGAACACCUUGGUCCAUUACAUUCACAACUGUGUGACGAAAGAGGCUGAGCGAAGCCGUUUGGCUAGACUUCCUGACAUCCUGACAGACAGAAAAACCUGCCAGUAUUGUCCUCAGAGGAGAAACUGUGCCUUAUAUGAGAGGGCGCUGGAUAGUAGCUCUGCAGACACCUCAGAAGAUGUUGUGCGUGACUUCCUGCAGCAGGAGACUGGUCACCUGACUCCCUUACAGCUGAACUAUUUUUCCCAUUGGCUGUUGCUCUGCUGCCUUGAGGCUGCCACCAUGGAGACUAAGAACGGCCGAAAGCGUGUGUGGCUUCAGACGGUCGAGGAGAGUGAGAGGAAUGGAAGCUGUGUGGGGAAUCUGCGCCUCAGUGGCUCAGUGAUCGUCCAGUCUGAAGGGGUUUUCCUCCAUCGUUUCCAGCGAGGUAGUGUAGUCCCGCAGCAGGGUAUGGCCAGCGGCGGUCUGGCCAGCGGGGAUCGCAUUGUUCUUAGCGACCAGAAAGGUCGUUUUGUUGGCCUGGCAACAGGAUACCUGUGUGAGGUCAGCAGGACAUUGAUCAGCUGCACUCUGGACAGAGACCUGUCUAAGUUCAGUGGUGUUUCCUUUCGGGUGGACAGUGAUGAAGGUGUGGUGGGCCUCAGUACUCACCUCAGCAAUGUCUCCAGACUGAUGGAAAGCUGUCAGGACAGUGAUCGACUGAGGGAGUUGGUCGUUGACCUUCGUCCUCCAGAGUUUAUUUCCAACCUCAGUUCUGUUCUGCCCAGAGAAGCCAAAGACACUGUGGCCAACAUCCUCAAAGGUCUCAACAAGCCCCAGAAGCAGGCCAUGAAGAAGGUGUUGUUGUCUAAAGACUACACGCUGAUUGUCGGCAUGCCCGGCACAGGCAAAACCACAACCAUCUGCACCCUGGUUCGCAUCCUACAUGCAUGCGGGUUCAGCGUGCUGCUGACCAGCUACACUCACUCUGCGGUUGACAACAUCCUGUUGAAGCUCAAGCGUUUCCGGGUCGGAUUUCUGCGUCUGGGGCAGGGACAGAAGAUACAUCCAGACAUCCUGCCGUACACAGAGGAAAGUAUCAGGAGGAAAGGAGUUCACACUCUAUCAGAGCUGGAGCAGCUUUAUAACAAGGAGCUGGUAGUGGGAACUACCUGUAUGGGAAUCAAGCACCCCAUUUUUUCACGUCGCCGAUUCGAUUUCUGCAUCGUCGAUGAGGCGUCACAGAUCAGCCAGCCUAUCUGUCUGGGACCGCUGUUCUACACCAAGAGAUUUGUUCUGGUUGGAGAUCACCAACAACUGCCACCAAUAGUACAAAACCAGGAAGCAAGGUCUCUUGGGAUGGAUGAAAGUCUUUUUAAGCGACUAGAGUUUCAUAGUGAAGCAGUGGUUCAACUCAAUGUACAGUACCGGAUGAACAGACAGAUAAUGUCUCUCAGUAACUGUCUGAUGUAUGAAGGCCGGCUGGAGUGCGGAUCAGAGAGGACGGCAACAGCCCUGCUCACUCUGCCCUUCCUGCCCUCUGUCCAGUCGGAGCUUAGUUCCUUUUCUGAGAUUCAUCCCCAGCAGGACCUGGCAUGGAUACAGGCCACGCUGUUGCCUAGCAACCCCGUUUGCUUCCUGGAUUGCUCAAUGAUGUCAGCAUUGGAGUCAGUGGAGCAGGGAGGUGUAAGCAAUCACACUGAAGCUGCCCUCGUACACAUGCUACUUUCACUGCUGAUAAAGGCAGGCUGUAAGCCCAGUGAUAUAGGUGUUAUUGCCCCCUACAGACAGCAGUUAAAGAGUAUUACUGCUCUGCUGCAGUCCUCUGCUUUCAGCGGUGUAGAGGUGAAUACAGUCGACAGAUACCAAGGACGGGACAAGAGUGUAAUUGUGUUGUCUUUUGUCAGGAGCACUGCAGAGGAAGGAAAUCUAGGAGAGCUUUUGAAGGACUGGCGUCGCCUGAAUGUAGCCAUUACCAGGGCUAAACACAAACUGUUGAUGGUGGGCUCUGCCUCUACGCUACGACGCUACGCACCUGUGGAGAAACUACUCGAUCAUCUCCAGAAAGAGAACAUGAUUAUCCAGCUCCCUUUAGCUGCCCACAAGGCCUUGCCCAGCAUGCACCUGUGAUAGAAGCACAUGCCAGUGGCUGUGGACCACUCAACUGGGCACCACAUGAUCUGUCAGGAGGCUGUGAUCAAACAGAAGCUGCAAAAUACUUGUAUCCCAGCCUGAGGUACAACACAGCAGGCGUCUGUUCAGAAUCUAGCCGUUGCAGUCCUGUCCAUCGUUAAUCUGUCAUAUGUAUAUUGUGUAACUGGAUUACAUUAGUUAUACAGGACUAGGGUCUAAGAUAGAGGCCCUACUUCUGAUCUGUACUACACUGUUGAAACAUUGUGGGUUUUUAUAAUAGAGUAAUUAUACAGGAGAGCUUCUAUUAUACAAAGCACUUGUAAAUGAAUGUGUCUUUGUGUGUUAUGAUACUGAAAAUAAGCACAUGCCAUUCAGUAUAAUUCAACAGAACAUUUUGUCAGAUUGUUUGAUGGACAUUUUGGGUCCUACUGUAUUUAUUGAAAAGUAUUUAUACAGAGACAAGUAGAGAGGAGUUUGAAGCUGAAAAUCUAGACCUCAACAAGCUUUGUAAGCCAUUAUUGAGGCCACAACACUUGAAACGUUCCAGUUUUAAAGGUAUUCGUAAUUAAUGUGUAUGCUGUGAAACACUGAAAAGAAGAAGGAAGUGAGAUGCUAAACUGCUAAACUACACAAACCUGAACUGUGUCCAUCAGGUGGUCAUAUUUAGGGUACAAUCACACAGCUGAAAUGUGUUGAACUGACACUGAUGGAUUAUGGCACAGAGCAUCAAACCUCAACUUAGACUGGUCUCUCUUCACAAAGUUAGACCAAAUACCUCUGUCAACACACUGUGACAAUAUGUUAUGUUGGGUAUGAUUAUUGAUACUUUCACAAGUCUUGCGCACAUAAAACCGCAAGUCAUCAGUAAUGUGACUAUGGAGCCCAAACAGGUAGAUUUAUCCAUAGUUCAUUUCAUUCAGCUGAAACAAUAGUAACAGUCAGAUAAGCUCAGAAAGUUGUGUCUCUUAACUGUAAUACAGACUUUAAGACAAAUAAAAUCAAAUCAUCACUUGAAUGAGAAAGUGUGUCCAAACUUUUGACUGGUACUGUAUAUCACAAUAACUACAAUCCAAAAUGAUUAUAUCACUAUAUCUGUAUUGCAUAUUUUCCACCUCAAACCUCAACUUUGUUUUUAUAAAGAAUGAGGUGCCAGCUGAAGUGUGUCAUUUAUUUAGUAGUCCGGCUGUAGAUGACUGGACCACGAGAAAAAGAGACAUUUCUUAGCACAUCAACAGUACUUGAUCCCAACCUGUGGAAAAGAAACUACACUGACCAACAACAACAAAGAUGGAAAUUGAAGGAAAUGGAAACGGCAAGCUGGGAUAUGGUGUAUAAAUUAUUUAUUUCUGGUUUAAGAGCAUCAUGUUGUGUGUAACAGCAAAAAAACUCAGUGCUUUGAGUCAUCUGUCUCAUUCCUUUGUGUUUUUGCAGAACAGGCCAACAGACCUAAAGCUGCACUGAGGCAGAACAAUUACAGAGGAAACUACCUGGUAUCAUGAUAACCAGUUAAAACUCUUUACAGGCAACCACUAGAAACAAUAUUCUGCUCAAAUAAUUUGGAAAUGUAAUCUCCUGCUAAUAAACUACAGUAUGCUGAUUAA